CGACAAAGCCGAAGCAUGUGGCUGUUGCAGGGGCUAUUUAUUUGCUGUGUACUGGCCACCACUUGGGCCUUUGCGGAUGAGGCCAUCUUCGAGGACGAGGACAUUUACAACCAGGCGCUGCCGCCAGUGCCACACACGGGAAUUACGGCUCCAGGCACCAAAUGGUGCGGGCCAGGCAACACCGCUGCCAACUUCGAUGACCUGGGCAGAGAGCGGGAGACGGACAAGUGCUGUAGGUCCCACGACCACUGUGAGGAGAUAAUCGAGUCGCACAGCACACUGCACGGACUUCCCACCAACACGGAUUGGUUUCCUAUCCUCAAGUGUACCUGCGAGCAAGAGUUUAUCAACUGUCUUCAGGCGGUCAACAGUCUCACCUCCAACACAUUGGGCCGAAUCUACUAUGGCAGCCGGAGAAAUUGCUUCGCCAAGGGAUAUCCCAAAACCGGCUGCAAACAAUACCAGGAAGGCACGUUCCGCAAGCGCUGUAUACGCUAUAACGUUGACAAGGCCUCGGCAAAGAUCUGGCAGUUCUAUGACAUGCCAUUUUACACAAUCCAUCACACGAAAGCCUGACCUGUCCUGACCAUGAUAAUUUUUCUGAUGUUAGCUGAUAAGUUUAUUUGUUAGAAUUUAAAAGUUUUAACCAGCUAAAUCAGGGGCGUACUCAGAGGGGGAAUGCAUAUUAUAGAUUUUGAUAGACCUGGUACGAAAAAA